CUUCCCCGGCCGCGGGCCCACCACCAACCCAGCAUCUCCGGCCUGCUCCCGCGGAGCCUCCAACUUGCUCGGUCCUCCUCCUCCCCCGGUCCUCCUCCUCCCCCGGUCCUGCGGCCUCUGCGGUCCUCCAGUUAACAGCCGGCUCAGCUCGUGCUCAAGGAAACUGGACAGGCGGCCUGACUAAUGUCCAGCAUCCUUCCCGAGGGCGCAGCAUGAGGGGAGGAAGCACUCCCCCUCCCCCCCAACCAAGUCCCCGAAAACAGAGCCUCGUGGAGGACGCGGCAGGAGGACGAGGGAUGCGGGAACACCCAGAGAGAUGCGAGCGAAGCUUUUAGGCCAGCCUUCCUGAACUGGAGGGGGUGUGGCAUGCAUUAAAAUUAAACAUCAAUGACCUGAGAAGCUUAUAAAAUAGCUUGGGAGAAGCCAGUCACCAAGAGAAGGCAUCUUGAAUUGGAUGAUUUUGCAUGUGGAAACUGCUUUCAUCUUGAUAAAAAAGGUCCACCUCCAGCCACCCAGCUCCAAGAUGGUCCCAGCUCUGCUGCUGCUGCUUCCUGCCCUGGCUGGACUCUUAGGAGCAGCUGAGGGACAAGCUUUCCAUCUCGGGAAAUGCCCAAAUCCUCCAGUGCAGGAGAACUUUGACGUGAAUAAGUAUCUUGGAAGAUGGUAUGAAAUUGAGAAGAUCCCAGUGAGCUUUGAGAAGGGAAGUUGCAUCCAAGCCAACUACUCACUAAUGGAAAACGGAAACAUCAAAGUGAUAAACAAGGAGCUGAGAGCUGAUGGAACUGUGAAUCAAAUUGAAGGUGAAGCCACCCAGGAGAACAUCACGGAGCCCGCCAAGUUGGCAGUUAAGUUUUUCUGGUUCAUGCCAUCAGCUCCAUACUGGGUCCUGGCCACCGACUAUGAGAACUACGCCCUCGUGUACUCCUGUACCACAAUCAUCUGGCUUUUUCACAUGGAUCAUGUUUGGAUCUUGGGAAGAAACCCUUAUCUCCCUCCAGAAACAGUGACCUAUCUCAAAGAUAUCCUGACCUCUAAUAACAUUGACAUUGAGAAAAUAGCUGUCACAGAUCAGGUGAACUGCCCCGAGUUCCUAUAACCAGGCUCUAAAGGGAGGCCGCAUUCACUCCAUGUUCCUUCUUUUGCUUUGCUUUUCCCCUACACCACCCCUCAUAAAGACAAACCAAACCACCACAGCAAACUAUUACAAAUACCAGAAGGGAAAUGUGACAGCAGAAGCUAGUGGAGAGGAACUCAAGGCAAGUUGGCCCAAACACUUAGCCAUGCACCAUCCUGUUACAUUGCAAGCCUGAUAAUAAACUUGCUGCUGACCUGCUGUGCUCACAGUAGACUACAAAUUGGACUAAUUAUUGGGAGUUUUUAAUUCUAAGCUUAUGUUUGGAAAUCCUUAAGCAGUUAUGUUGAAAAAAAAAAAGAAGCACUGAACAAUUUAAAGGUAACAAUCUUGUUUCUAGAAAGGGAAAGCUGAUGGCAAAGGCACAUACCAGGUGACCUGAAUCCAGGUGGCCCCAUCCUGCAGUAGGCAGUCCAUAGCGGGGAAUCAUUUGGAGUUUUUGAGUCUCUGACAGGCAGUUUCCUGGACGCAUUUACUUUCUUAUCAGGAGGUCUUCAGAGUCAGGUGAAGAAUGGGACCAUCUUGGGUCUGUGCAAGGAAGAAGAGAAUCUAUGAGGGUGAAGCUAUGGGAAUUUUUUUAAGAAAAUAAUUUUUGGGUCUUUUAUUCAACUGAUAUUUACUGGGACCCAACUGCAUUCCAGGCAUUGAAAAAUACAGAAUCCGUCUCCUCCCACAGCAGCUCACAGACUAGGGAGGGAGAUUGACAAGUAAAGACACAAUUUUAAUCCAAGCUGAGGGGUCCAUAGGCAGAGGCAUGUGGAGGGAGCCAUGGGAGCUCUGAGAAGGUCUCAACCCCUGCCAGGCAUAGAUACCCACAAGGUUAUACAGUCACAUCUCAGAGUGUCCCAGCUUCAAGGAGUCAGGAACCACCAGGAGUUUGUUGUUGUUGUUGUUUUUUACAUUUUACUAUUAAAAUCAGAACAAUCUCAAAAUCAUCACCCUGCGAUUAAUCUUAGGUCUCAUAACAUUUGUAAUCCACUAAUGUUUUGGGAAAUGAAUAGAAGAUGAAGCCACUUGAUUAGCUUUUUGCAUUUUCAGCAUGAGUAUAAAAUAUUUCCUUGAGCACUUGAGACGCUUCACUGAUUUAUAUUAAAGGUUAUAAAAUUUCCAAGAAA